AUGCCGCAAUUGGCGCCGGUAAAUGAGUACACCCUCGAUCAGGUGGUCAACAACCAAACAUCCUCGCCCAACCGUAUGACGGUCAAGGAAUACAAGCGCAUUGGCGAGGGUGCGUUUGGUACCGUGGUGGAGGCCGUUUUGAAGUACGAAAACAACGACCAAGAGUCCCCGGAAUGGUUUGGACCUUUUGCUAUCAAACGCGUCCCUGCCCAAACAGAAUACAAACUGCGGGAGCUCGAGAUCUUGAGGGUGGUCAACCACCCCAAUAUCGUCCUGCUCCAGUUCUUUUUUGACAAACAAUCAUCGAAUUCGAAUGAUCCCACCGUCUACCAGAACUUAGUCAUGGAGUGCCUACCGCUGAACUUACAGCACGAAAUUAAGCACUACCGCCAAUCAAAAUACACCAUUCCUUACCCCCAUAUGAAGGCGUACACGUUCCAAUUGGCCCGGGCAAUGUUGUACUUGCACGGCUUUGGUAUAUCCCAUCGUGACAUCAAGCCGUCUAAUAUUCUCGUCGAUCCCAAAACCGUGACUUUGAAGAUUUGCGACUUUGGCAGUGCCAAAAAGCUUGAACCGAACCUGCCGCUGGUGUCCUAUAUUUGUCUGCGUUACUACCGAGCCCCCGAACUCAUUGUCGGCUGUUCGUUGUACACGACUAAAAUCGAUAUUUGGGGGCUUGGUUGCGUGAUUGCCGAAAUGUUUUUAGGUCGUCCGAUAUUCCAGGGUCAGCUGCCUGAACUUCAACUCAAGGAAAUCCUGAAAUUGUUGGGACCUCCGCCUAAUCUGUUUUUCUUCAAGCUGAAUCCUCAAUACCGUGGUAAUAUGAAUAGUGUCAAGCUUUUCAAUUGCACCGUUGAAGAGAGAUUCCGUCAAAUUUUCUCUAAUCUGCCGCCCGAUGCCAUUGACUUGUUGAUGCGAAUUCUUGUCUACGACCCCGACUUCCGGGCCAGUCCGAGACGUGUACUUGUUCACCCGUUUUUCCACGAGUUGAAACGGAAGGACUUCCAAGUACAUCCCCGUGGGGCUGCGGAACCGAUCACUCUUAAUUUGUUCAACUUUUCGAAGUAUGAAUUGGAGUUAUUGGGCCCAUUGAAAGAUGAGUUGUUGACCCCGUUGUAA